CAGAGCGCUCUACCUCCCCAAACUCUCACAGAAGCCAGACGCACCGGAGGAGCGCGACGAGGCUGCAGCCAGAGGAGCCUGCCUGUGGACUUUACCCAAACCAGAAAUUCCGCACGUUUUACGCGCGUCGACCCGCACGGCGCAGCCUUUUUUUUUAAACUACGUUUGUUUCUCGUUAGUUCUCAGAAUUUCUUAAUGCAGUGAGUUGUCGAAUCGCUUACCAGAGCCGCACUGAGCUGCCUUCGUUUUUAAUUGUUGCAAAGAGAGAACAUGGGGUCUGCUUCUGAGUCGUUCUGGAGGAUGAUCCGGCUGGCCGUGACGGUGGCGCUCAUGUCAGCGUGCGGCGCGUCAGAGUACGAGUACCUGAGCUGGAAGUCGGACAUGUACAACGGCGGCCGCAGCUACGGGAAGCCCCCCCAGUGCGUGGACAUCCCCGACGACCUGCGGCUGUGUCACAACGUGGGCUACAACCAGAUGCUGCUGCCCAACCUGCUGGAGCACGAGACCAUGGCCGAGGUGAAGCAGCAGGCCAGCAGCUGGGUGCCUCUGGUACACAAGAACUGCCACCCGGGCACGCAGGUCUUCCUCUGCUCGCUCUUUGCGCCCGUGUGUCUGGAGCGGCCCAUCUACCCGUGCCGCUGGCUGUGCGAGGCCGUGCGAGACGGCUGCAUCCCCAUCAUGGAGGCGUUCGGCUUCCCCUGGCCGGAGAUGCUCACCUGUGACAAGUUUCCCCAAGACGAUGUGUGCAUCGCCAUGACGCAGCCCAACGCGACCGAGGCCACCAAGCCGACAGGUUACUCUCCCAUCUGCCCUCCAUGUGACAAUGAAAUGAAAACAGACGCCAUGCUGGAGCAUAUGUGCGCUAGCGAGUUCGCUUUCAAGACCAAGAUCAAGGAGGUGAAGCGAGAAAACAUGGACCGCAAGGUGAUCCUGCAGAAGAGGAAGAAGAUGUUGAAGGCGGGGAACCUGAAGAAGAAGGACAUGAAGACGCUGGUGUUGUACUUGAAGAACGGCGCAGACUGCCCCUGCCAGCAGCUGGACAACCUGGGAAACCAGUAUCUAAUCAUGGGCCGCAAGGUGGAUAAGCAGUACCUCCUCACGGGCAUCCACAAGUGGGACAAGACCAGCAAAGAGUUCAAAAAGGCCAUGAAGAAACUCAAGACCUACAAAUGUCCUGCCUUCGAGAACGUCUUCAAAUAAUACGACCCCCCCACCCCACCUCCUUUAUUCGCAUCUCAUCCUACAUAUGAACUUGCACAAGCAUUAAAAUCCCAAACUUUGCUUUCUAUUGUCUUGUUUAUGUAUCCAUAUAUCUUUAUAUAUUCACAGAUAUACUUUGAAAUGUCCAUCGAUAAGUUUUAGUUGAAUGUGGUGUGUGAUGACACCACGAAAAAGGGUUGGGUUUCCUUUUUUUCCCCCCUCUGUUAAAGAAAGGACAUUGUAGUAAAAGCCCUUCCUCACUGAAAUCAUUUCCACUAUGUGUAUGUAGAUAGCCUCCUAUGAUCUUUCAUUUAACACGUCAGUGGAUUUUGAUUAAAGGAAUAGUUUGGGACAUACAAUUUUGCCCUAUUGCUUAGAGUUAGAGGAGAAGAUUGAUACCACUCAUGUGCCUGUGUGGUAAAUAUGAAGCUAGAGCCAGCAGAUGGUUAGCUUAGCCUCACACGAAGAGCAGAACCAGGGAGAAACAGCUAGCCUAGCACCGUCCAAAGGUUGAAACCCAUUCAUUGUCAUUUUUUGCAUUUUGUUUUUUGUACAGAUUAAACAUAUUAAGUGAUCAUUAGUGAGCUUUAGAGGCACUGCUUGGCGUAUUGUUUAGGACAGAGCCUAUAGCUAGCUGCUUCUUAAUGCUUCCUAUUCUAACGUGGUGUACCCAUCUGCUCGCACUAGCUUCACGUUUAGUGUACAAGCAUGAGAUCGGUGAUGAUCUUCUCCUUUAAAUCUCUGCAAUAAAAAUGUCCGACCAUUCUUAUAAAUCUCUCUCAUUCUGAUCACAUAGCAAUGACUCACAUAGUCUCGACUGCAGAAUUGGCAUUUGGAGGUGUUUUGAGCUUUAAAAGCCACACUGUACAGAGCGGCUCCACGCAGGGUUCCUGCUGAAUAACUUAUUGACAGAAGUAUGAGAGAGUGCUACCGUCAGCUGACUGUUUUGUCUGCACUACCAAUCAUUUGGAUGAUUUCCUUUUCAUGUCUUUAUGUCAUUGUUCCAUUUCUUUUUGUUACUUGAAAGAAUCUCCUCAGAACCAUAACCACCAAUCUGCAUCAUUAAUAACGUGUAGGCCCGUGUGGCAGAUUGCUUGAUUCCUUGUUGUGUGUCGUCACCUGACAUUUGGCUAAAUGUUCUUUUUAACCACUCUCCUGUCUCUUUACAUCCAAUCUAACUGCAGUAAUUGGUACUCAUUGGUAAUAGAAACGCCUUGUAGCCUUACAUGUGUAAAAGUGCAAAAGUUAGCAAAGUGCAAGCCAACUCUGUGUUCUGGUUUGUUUUGCUCAAGUGUCGCUGGUCCGUUUUAGCACUAUUUUGUUUCAGAUUUGAAUGUCAGUGGUGCGUUGCUGCCUAUUACAUGUACAUACAAAUUUUACAUAAAUAUGAAAAACUGAAUGGUGUCUCUUACAUUAUUUAGUUUGCUUUCAUAGAUUGA